AUGACCACUGCUGCUUCUGACACUGCUCAACUCAGGAAAUUCGCUGCUGUCGAAAACCCUUUUGAAGAAGUCUUGAAUUCAGAGCAUCCUUGGUCUAUCAUGGAUAUUGGCUGCAAUGCUAUCUCUGGAAUUGCCAAUGAUUUAUCCUCUCAAGAACGUUCUUUCUUAUCAGGUUCCAAGGGCUUGAAAGGCAUGGAUACGCUGCCAGUGAUUCCAUCUACUCCUAUUCGCAAGAUCCGACUUUCAGAAUUCGACCCAUAUCUACGCACGCUAGUCGAUGUUAUUGACAAGCACCAACUAAACCGCGCUUUGGGCAUGGCUGCUACUCAAGGCAUCCCGCAGCUGGGGUCCAGUACAAAUUCCCUCGAUUUGACAUGUGCCGGAUAUCCCGAGUUUCAAGAUCUUACCUCCAAAGUAGUAGGAGCAACAGCCACUGCAUCAAGCGGCAUUACCAAAAUGCAACGAACACGAAUGCUCUCUGUAAACGUUCCUUCAUUAUCUACCAUUCCAACUAUUUUUAUGGACAAAGAUUUCGAUUUGACCAAUCCGCAUACAUUCAACGCUGCUUCUGAAUACAUGAACGUUGUGGGUUCAAAUGCAUCUGAUGAAAAUGUAGCAAAUCGGCAGUUACAGGAUAAACUCACCCAUCAUCUGGAUACGGUAGAGGUGCAUCUACUCAAGGAAAUCUCGCGCCGAUCCUCUUCAUUUUUUUCUGCAUUAUCCAAUUUACAAAGUCUCCAUAACGAGACGGAGGAGUGUGUUGGUAAAAUUCAGGAUCUGAGGAAAAAACUUGCUAGUGUAUCUGCCCGAACUGCCGAAAAUGGGUUAGAAGUGGUACGACUGAAACACCGACGUGGAAAUGUUGGUAUGUUGUAUGGAGCCGUCAAGCUAUUGGUAGAUAUCAAGCAUUCACAGCCAACAAUUCAAGCUCUUCUUGGUCAAGCAGAUUAUGUUGGUGUGUUGGAUCUUAUUGAAAGCACAAGCUAUAUUUUAAAAGGACUCGAUUCAACCAAUGCAUCUGGCCAUAAUGCAUAUCACAGUUCAUCUCCAAUCAAAGCUGAUUCUCCAAGCAAUGUAACAGGAAAUGAGCUACUUGCACUUUCAGAAGGAGUUACUCUAACACGUUGUCACUCCAUCAUUCCCAAAAAUCUAGACCUGCGCGGUGUUUGCUCUUUGGUUCAUUUGAGUGGAAAACUGUCUGAACUAGCUCGUACAAUCUCAGUUGUAAUGGAAAAUGAGUUUAUUGAAUUACUGCGAGUUGAUAUCCAAGAUAAAGUCACUCAAAUGAUUUCAGAUUCCAUGUCAUUAAUUUCUACUCCAACUGCUACUGCAGGAUUUCCUGUGCGCAUGUCAUCUACUUCUCAUCGAAUUUCGGGAAAAUCUGCAAAACAGAAACUUCCCAUUUCAACUUCUGUUUCAACACCAUCCAAUGCCACUUCGAUCUCUGUGACUGCUCCAGUUUCGGAUACUCUUCCGCCUAUCAAUAUCUCUCUCAAAACUUGCAUUAAAAAUAUUGUAGAUGGAAAAUGCACGUUUUCACCUGUUCAAACUCCAAACACUGCCAUUACUACACUAGGACCCGAAGUACGACACGGAGAAGAAAGGCUGUUGGUUAAGCUUACUCCUAUGAUUUUAGGUCUACUACGAAUGGAUAGGCUUGGUACUGCACUGCACGCAUAUUGUGAAAAUACAAUCAAGCAAGUAAAGGCUUUAGUAAAGCAGCAUUAUCCUGUACCUCAAUCAAUCGAGUCAAAAACACUCUCUACCACAGAAAACGCAGUUGAAGCGGCAGCCAUUCGAAAAAAAGAAGAACAAGCUGCUCUUUCAACCCAACUUCGAUCCAUGACAUUUGAAAAAUUCUACGCCAUGCUGAUCCGGGUAUAUGUCACCUCGUUGAACAUUAUCCAACGUGUAUCGACUGUGCAUCAAACAAUACUCACCAUUCUUCAAAAUGCACAACAUCGUGGAGUUGAAAUUGGAUCAAAUAGCGUUCAGAAUAUGGCCGUUGCAUCUACUGUUAAUGCUGCACCUACACCUGCUCAUGAGACUAAAUCUACACCUAAACGUAUGCUGUAUGAUGAUGAUGAUGAUUUUGGGUCUUCAGCCAACUUACUGGAUACUCUUCAUGAUCCACUUGUGCGUACCAAAACCAAGGAUGAAUCAGUUUCUCAAUCAAUCACUGGAUCUGAUACAGUAUUUGAUGGUAGCAUAUCCACCUAUGGCCAAAUGUCAAAUGAGUCGUUGGAUGUUCUUUCCACCAUAUCUGAUCUCAUUCAUGCUCGAUGUGCCAAAUUAAUUGGGGUACGCUCUGAACAAAAUGCCCAGCUCAAUGCAGCAGAUUUUUAUCGCAUAUUUGGUGCUACAUGGGAAUUCAUUACUUCAAGUGAAAUCAUUUGUGGACGCAUUUGUUUUGGCCUUAAAAGUGUUAUUCUUACUCAUGCCAAAGCAUUCAUCUCGCACUUUCACGACGAAAAAUCCAAGCAAAUUGCCGUGUUGGUGGAGAAUGAACAAUGGGUUCACGCAGAUAUUCCUAUUGACUUUCAGCACAUCACGGAAGCGCUGCAGCUUGAUCCAAAACUAAUUGGUGACGAGUCUGAAAAUAAGGAGUCAUACUCUAGCAUAAGCGAAGAUUUCGAUGUAGAAGAAGAUGUCUUGUCAAGACAUAGUGAAGAUGACAAUAGCACGACUGAAGAGAUGGAUCUAACUUCUUUUGCAUUUAUGAAAGCAAAUGCUGCCGAAAUAAAAUCAGAAAAAAUUGCAAAGCAGCAGGAAAAUGCACCAAAGACUCUUAGAUAUCUAGCAGUGGAUGGCGAAAAAUACUAUGUAGUUGGAUCUGUACUACUGUUUCUAAAGACUCUGACAGAUUAUAUCAACUGUGCAGAAAGUCUUCCUGUUUUGACAACUGAUGUGCUGAAUCGGAUUCUCGAGCUUUUAAAGCUAUUCAACUCACGUGUGUGCCAAGUCAUUUUGGGAGCUGGUGCAAUGCAAUCUGCUGGACUAAAGAGCAUCACUGCUAGGCAUAUUGCUCUUGCUGCUCAAAGUAUUGGCGUUAUCAUUGCGAUUAUCCCAUAUAUUCGCAAAGGUAUUUCACGGCUUUUGUCGCCCAAACAGCAAGUAUUGUUGAGCGACUUUGAUAGGAUUUUGCGUGAUUUUAGAGAGCAUCAAAACGAGCUGUAUGCCAAGUUAAUUUCCAUCAUGAAUGACCGACUUGCGCUCCACGCAUCGAAACUAGGAGCUAUUUCAUGGGACAAUCCUGACUCUAAAGAGAUUUCAGCUGAAGAAACCGUGACUGUACAUAUGGCUGUUCUUAUCAAGGAAACAACCACUCUACAUAAAGUGUUGUCAAAAUACCUACCUGCCGAUGCACUCAAGAAUAUCAUGGGUGAAAUUUUUCGAAAUUAUGUUCAACGUCUUGACAUGGAAUUUCGUAAAAUUGAUUUGUUUUCCAGUUCGGGAAAAAACAGACUGCUUAUGGAUGUGCAAUAUUUUAUUGGACAACUUUCUGCAUUGGAUGGAAUUGAUGGACCAGGCAGCCAUCUAGAGGUAUGUGUCAACAAUAUCAAAAUCAAAGAGAAGCGAUCUGCAGCAGUAUUAAAUUCUGGUCGUGGUGGAGCUGGACUCAAUACCCUGGCGAUUCCGUCACCUUUUAAUGGAAGUACUGGUGGAACGUCGCCAUUAAAGAGUCCAUCUUUAGCGCGAUCAGCUACCUCGACAACCUCUACAGCAUCAAAUGUGUCAUCUACUUCCACACAACAGCGUCCGACUAGCCAGUUUGCAUAUAAUUUUGGCAAAAUGUUACGAAGUCAAAAUGAAGGACAAUAAUAAAGCGUGGUUGUUACGUC